AAAGCAAAAGGGUUUGUUUCCCUAGUAUUUUAGCCGCGCAGUCUGAAACAGCGUCCACGUGAAGGCACACACAACAGAACUACAGAAGCAUAGUAUAUAUAUAGGGCGGCAGCGUUAGUCCAAAUAUUGAUUGGGGUAUAAAAUCUCAGCUUCUUGAAAGGUACAGGAGUUUUGGGUUCUAGCCUCCAACUCCUUCCCUGUUCCCUCUCCACCGCCUCACUCAUCCUCACAGGUUCGAUUCCUACAACGGUUUUUGGAUCAUCAUAAACAAGAGACGGAGGAGAUAGCCAGAGGAAGAAGGAGAGGAACUUGACUAUCAGUCCGGGCAGUCUAAUAAGAUAUUUGUCUCUUAAUCUCCAAUGAGCCAACCCCCACAAUCUGGUGCUCCUGCACCCAGAAAGAGGAGGUUCAUACCAAGAGCCCGACCAAAGCAAGAAGUUAAACCGGACCCGGAGGAGGAGGAGCAAGCUAGUUAUGCUGAAAAAGAGAGGGAGUUACUCAGACGUUUCCAUGAACAAUCUUUGAGGGCAAGGCCGAAAAACGAAAAGAAAGAGAAGCCUGUGGAAGUUGCAUUUGGUUCCGGGGGUCAAUCAUCAUCGACCUUAAGAUCAUAUGGGGCUCCCAGGGGUGUUAAUGGUGGUGGCUUGAACCCGGUCAUUCAAGAGGAGAAAGAAUACAAAUCACCAUUUGAUAUCUACGGUCAUUACCCCGUAUCUCUUCCUCUGAGGCAGCCAUCUUCUGAAGAUCCUGCAAUUCUUAACCAGCAAGAAUUUGGGGAUGGUUCAGAGGAAUCAACUUAUGAUGAAAAUGCAACACCAGCUGCAGAUGAUCUUGAUUUAAGGGAGGAAAAUAGAGCAACUAGUAUGUUCUUUCUUCAUUUACCGCCAACCUUGCCAAUGUUAAAGCAACCAGCAGGCCAACAGGUAAACAAUAGCUCAGGGGCACCGGGAGGUGCACGUAAUACAGAGAAGCCUUGUUCUUUGGGUGACUUACCAGCGGGCUUCAUGGGUAAGAUGUUGGUGUACAGAAGUGGUGCUAUCAAAAUGAAGCUAGGAGAUACUCUCUAUGAUGUCUCUACAGGAAUGAACUGUGAUUUUGCCCAGGAUGUUGUGGCUAUUAAUACCACGGAGAAGAAGUGUUGCACUAUUGGGGAGCUCAACAAGCGAGCUGUUGUGACCCCAGAUAUUGACUCCGUUUUGAACAGUUUAGAGGAUUUAUGAUGGUACUGCUCAUUUGCAAUACAGUUUUGGUCUCGGGUAAUCCAAAAUGCUUUUGAAAAAAAUUUGAGUAUUCAUUAUUACUAUCAGAGGAAAUAGAUUACAAAUUUCAGUGGUGAGUUUAGGAAUUUUUGCUAGUAUACCAGCCACAAUAAUUUGCAUAAGAGUUUAUUUUUUGACAGUCAUGUGAAAUGAACCUAUUGCAAACUAAUUCUCUAUUCUUCUGUUUAACACAGUGAGACAUAAAUCAUAUUAUUCAAUAAUCAAUACAUGUUCAUUAUCU